GAUGGCAUUAGCAGCAUCAGUGAUAUAGCUGUGUCAGCCUCCUUGACUACUGGAUGUCUGUAAUCGCAUGGAGGAAACUAUAUUUAAGAUCUGAUAUCUUGAGGGUAAUGACUCCAGCACUUACUGAUGGGCAGAAUGGGUGUUAAUGCUUUCUUCAGCAGCCCAGAAGAUUUUGAAAGAUAGAUGGGUCUGUGAUGUACUUUUAUAAGACAGGAAAUGCAAUUUUUGGGGGUCUCUGGAAAUAGAAAGGUCAUGCAGCUUGGAACCGGUGAGACAUUACAGUCUCUAAGUCAUCAGAUGGGGAAGCUGAGGCACAGAGAUUAAGUGACUUUCCCAAGGCCACACAGCAAGUCAGUGGCAGAGCCAGGAUUAGCGCUUGGGGACUUCCUGGAUCCCUCUCCCAUGCUUUAAGCAGUAGACCACAGUGUUCACUGGACUCAGCAAGCAACUCAUUGCAAUAAUGGACAGUUCCAAGGACUCGUACCUGAGAAAUGAUGAAGAGGCUGUUGUGGAUAGAGGUGGAACUCGCUCCAUUCUCAAAACACAUUUUGAAAAGGAAGAUCUAGAAGGCCAUCGAACGUUGUUCAUCGGAGUUCAUGUGCCACUUGGUGGAAGAAAAAGUCACCGACGCCAUAGGCACCGUGGACAUAAACACAGAAAGAGAGACAGAGAGCGAGAUUCAGGAUUAGAAGAUGGGAGAGAGUCUCCUCCUUUUGAUACCCCAUCACAAAGGGUGCAGUUUAUUCUUGGAACAGAAGAUGAUGACGAGGAACACAUUCCUCAUGAUCUCUUUACUGAGCUUGAUGAAAUUUGUUGGCGUGAAGGAGAGGAUGCAGAGUGGAGGGAGACAGCAAGGUGGCUGAAGUUUGAAGAAGAUGUAGAGGAUGGUGGAGAGAGGUGGAGCAAACCGUACGUUGCCACACUGUCACUUCAUAGCUUGUUUGAGCUGAGAAGCUGUAUCCUGAAUGGCACAGUUCUUUUGGACAUGAGAGCUAACUCCAUAGAAGAAAUUGCAGAUAUGAUUCUGGACCAGCAGGUGGGUUCUGGGCAGCUCAGUGAGGAUGUUCGUCACAGAGUGCAUGAGGCAUUACUGAAACAGCAUCACCAUCAGAACCAGAAGAAGCUGAGCAACAGGAUCCCAAUUGUGAGAUCCUUUGCUGAUAUUGGAAAGAAGCAGUCUGAGCCCCAUUCCAUGGAUAAAAAUGCAGGUCAGAUUGUUUCCCCACAGUCUGCUCCAGCCUGUAUUGAAAACAAAAAUGAUGUGAGCAGAGAAAACAGCACUGUUGACUUUAGCAAGGUUGACCUGCACUUCAUGAAAAAGAUUCCACCUGGAGCUGAAGCAUCAAACAUCUUAGUUGGUGAACUAGAGUUCCUGGACCGUGCGGUUGUUGCUUUUGUUAGGUUAUCUCCUGCAGUGCUGCUUACCGGACUAGCUGAAGUUCCUAUUCCAACAAGAUUUUUGUUUAUUCUUCUGGGACCACUGGGUAAAGGGCAACAAUACCAUGAGAUUGGAAGAUCAAUUGCAACACUAAUGACAGAUGAGGUGUUCCAUGAUGUUGCUUACAAAGCAAAAGACCGUAAUGACUUGGUGUCUGGAAUUGAUGAGUUUCUUGAUCAGGUUACUGUUCUCCCUCCUGGAGAGUGGGACCCAACAAUUCGAAUAGAACCACCUAAAAAUGUUCCCUCUCAGGAGAAGCGUAAGAUCCCAGGAGUGCCAAAUGGAACUGCAGCCCAUGGGGAUGCAGAACAACCCGGAGGACACUCUGGACCAGAACUGCAACGCACUGGGAAAUUUUUUGGAGGAUUGAUUUUAGAUAUAAAAAGAAAAGCUCCCUUCUUCUGGAGUGACUUCAGGGAUGCUCUCAGUCUGCAGUGUCUGGCAUCAUUUUUGUUUCUCUACUGUGCUUGCAUGUCUCCUGUCAUCACGUUUGGUGGUCUGCUGGGAGAAGCAACUGAAGGUCGUAUAAGUGCAAUAGAAUCGUUGUUUGGAGCAUCCAUGACUGGAAUUGCCUACUCGCUCUUUGGUGGACAGCCUCUCACUAUACUUGGCAGCACAGGACCAGUUUUAGUGUUUGAGAAGAUCUUAUUCAAAUUCUGCAAAGAGUAUGGGUUGUCGUACCUUUCUCUGAGAGCUAGCAUUGGACUGUGGACUGCAAUCCUGUGCAUCAUCCUUGUUGCAACUGAUGCAAGCUCCCUAGUCUGCUACAUUACCCGGUUUACUGAAGAAGCUUUUGCUUCUCUUAUAUGCAUCAUUUUCAUUUAUGAGGCCUUAGAGAAGCUGUUUCAUCUCAGUGAGACAUAUCCAAUCAACAUGCAUAAUGAUUUAGAUCUGCUGACAAAGUACUCGUAA